ACUUGAUGAUUACCUGUUCUGUUCAUUCCCUCUGGGGCACCUGGCACUGGCCACUGUCGGAAGACAGGAUACUGGACUAGAUGGACCCUUGGUCUGACCAUUCUUAUGUUCUUAAAUCAACAGCAAAUGGUGACUGUUUGCCACACAAACACGCUCUUGUCUAGCUUGGAAAAAUGACAGGGAAAGAAGUAAUGGAAAACUAGUGAAAUAUGCUUUGCAUUUCUCUGUUGGAAACAUAUUUUAGAAUAAGGCAGUACUGAAAGUUAUCCUCUCAUAUUAAUUUUUAUCCCCAUGUAACUGCACUGACUUAAGUGAAGUGACUCCUGACUUCCACUGCAUACGUGAGAAGAAAAUUGGGCCAAACAUUUUUUAACAAGUGCUUUUCCUCAUCCCUAUGGCAUCAAGUCUUUUAAAUCUCUCCCCACACCUCCCCUUUCGCUAUAAAUAUCUGGCUCUGAGAAAAUAGAAGACCUACAGAUUCUGUGGCUGACCAAAGCAGCAUCUGACAUUGGUUGAAGAUUAUGUAAUAGUUCUCAAGGUUUUGGGGAGAUUCAUUUUCUCCCAUCGUUCAUUGCUCAUUUGUUUGAGUUUGUUUUAUAACUGUAAUCCACCAUCCUCAUGGAGCUCAUCUCGUAUCCCUGGAUAUAAAGGCAGGACUAUUCCUCCAGAGAGAGAAGUUAGAGCUUUGUUUUGUCCUCCAUGGUGCAGGAAGUUGCUGUGUUACUAACGUGCUCUUGUGAGACUAGUGGGGAUACUCCUACUUGAUAGCAGGUGGUGUGGACUUAAACCAUACUUUCUGCUACUUGCCAAUCAUAGCUUCAGCUGAAUUGCAAGUCACCCUCGCACAAAUCCUAUCCCCCUAGUGAUCUUUCCUUUCUGUUCUGUGUUUUAUUGCUGUUUGAGCUGUGACUUGUGGGGGGAGGGUGGAAGGAGAAAAACUUGUGAUCACCAUUUUACAUCAUCUUUCACUCAUGUCAGAUGCUGCUUUGGUCUUAACCAAAGUUUUCUUAACCAAGUUACACCUCAAAACCAUAGCUGAAUGCAUUGCAUCCUGUUGUACUUUGGCUGAAGUUUCCAUUUUGCAAAUAUCUUAAACUCUUCAGGCUGCUGCUAAUUUUACUUAAUGUGCAGCUGAUCACAGCAGCAAGUUUAUCAGGUAGUCUUCCUAUUGCACAUGAUUGGUAAGAGGAAACUAUUUGGGGAAAGAAAAUUGCAGUGCUAAUAUAAUGCAACAUCCUUGAAUGCUGUUCACGGUGCUCCCGUGCUAGCCUUAGAAAUUAUAGGGCCAGAUCCCUAGUUGGUGUAAAUUGGGGGAUAUGGUCAAUGGAGGUAUGCUGAUUUGCACCAGCGGAAGAUCUGGCUGUAUAUUACUUGUUAAGGAUGCUAGUGAUUCCGCAGAGAAAAGGAGGCACUUCUUCAAACUCUGGACACAGGAAAAGUGAGAGUUAAAACUUGGCUUAUAUAUAAAAAUAUAAGCCAGGUGCACAGAUGUCUUAAGAGAUUGGAGGAGACCAAACCUUACUCUUCGGUCACUGGCUGUCAUCCAGCCCAGGUUAGAUUUGACCAAAAGUCAUUGCCAUCGUUUGACCGUUUGGUAUUCUUGGUCCCUUUCCAUUGGACACGGCUGCAUCACAAACGACCCCCGCACUUGAACGUCUUGGCAGUUUAGAGGGCUUCAGUUUCCAGGGAGGUGACUCCUGGAACUUUCACAAGUUUUACAUCCCCUUUAAAAACCAAAUCAAAACCUGAAACAUAGAUGGACUUAGUUACCAAGUAAUGCUGCCUAUUUAAAAAAAAUAGUUGGGUUCUUUUUUUGCUAACUAGUUCCUCAGCUGUGAAAAUUCCCUCUUUGUAGGUCUGGGUUGGCUUUUAUGAAUCACCUUGUGAAAAUUUCUCUUGGAAAAUUCUUAGUGUCCACUCCACUGGCAAAGUGUGGGCAGGCCUUGAGAGUGCUUCUCCACCAGGUUUUGGUAGUGCAUUUCAGUCCUCUCCUGCCAUGCCCCCUGCUGUACUGGUAAUGAGCAGAGACCUGUGCGUGGCCUUUAACUACUUGCCAGCAGAAACGGGAAGUAAAUAAAAAGGCCCAUUACACCUAAUACCAGCAUAACUGAGUGUCUUGACUGAAGUCAAUGGGAUUACUGUGGUGUAAAGACAAGGUAAAUGAGAGCAGAGUGAGAACAAUCAAAGGCCUCUUUUUUUGUGUUUGGCUGGAGCCCAGAACCAAAGGAAUAUGCAGUUAAUACUCAUGCAGUACUACAGCUUUCCUUUGAGACUCCAAAGUGAGGAAAUAGCGCAUGCUACCAUUUCUCUGGAACUGAUUUCCUUCUGGAAGUGGCUUCAGACCGUGAACCUGCCCUUUACAUUGUUAGGUUUUUUUUGCCUUUGUUUUGGAUAUGUUACAGAAGAAUAUGUGAGAUCAAUAGUGCAUCUAAGUUGAAUGGGCACAGCCCCUUGUGUUUCCACUUCAUAGAAGAAGUGAAGCGUUUUGUUGCAGGAUGUGGUGAGGGUAUGACUCGGCUCUUGCUAACCAUAGCUACUGUCGCACUGCAUUUUGCUGUCAGCGUCCCCUCUUGUUAUGACUUUCAAAAAUUUUCUCUGUGUGAUCAAAUGCAUCUUAAACUUAUUUUUUCCCCUAUCUCCUUGGCCCUUCACUGUUGGUCUUAAAUUAGUCAAGCAAAUAUCAGUAGCUUCAGGGGUUCAUGCAAAUAUCUCUCAGUAUCGGGGAAUGUGUACCCUGCACAAACCAAGGCAAAAUUUGGUCAAAAGCGCAGAGCUUCGCUUGGGUUCAUCUCCAAACUGGCCCAGGCUCACUUCAUCAUGAGUGAAUCUCUCAAUGAACCUGGCUGGAAUUUUGAGUGGGUCCCAACUCAAAAAUGUGGGUGGGUGGGUGGGUGUGGGCACCCCGCCCUUUCCUCUCUCGUUGGAGUGACUUUGUGAACAUGUGGCAUGGCUCCAGAACUGAACUUCAUGGCUGUUGGAUUGCUGGCAAUAUGGGUUGUUAGCCAUGGGGUUCUCCUGUAUUUUUGGAGUGUGGAACACGUCUUAAUAGCGUCUCGGGGCCAUUUCUCCUCCCAUUGCACAACCGGAAAAACCUCUGGCAAUGAAGGCCAUUGCUUACAUGGGAAAGUAACAUUAGGAAAGUGUUUGAUGUGUUCUUCAUUCUCCUUAAUGCAGUGUAGCAGAUGCGCCAGCACCAUACGAGCAGCCAGCUCUCCUCAGAUGACUAAUGUCUCCAAGAACCACUGUGGAGCUACGCAAUGCUUCUGUUGCAGGCUGACUUAAAAUGGCCUGUCUUCGUUGGGCUGGUCAGCACUUUCCUCAUUACAACACCCAAAAUCACGUGUCUGUUUCACAAGAGGAAUCCUGUCAUUCAGGGUCAGAUUCGGAUACCCUAGCUCACGUAGAGAGUAGUCCCAGUGAUUUUUUAAUGAGACCACUUCUGGAAUAAGUUACUCCCCCAUGUCUUUAAGGGUGUUAGAAUCUAGCCUUUGUUGAGGAUCCAGCCUGAAACCAAUCUCCCUGCUAUGAGUCCAUGGACACAGCUGUUGUGGGUAAUAUUUUACUCAUUUCUGCCUAGUAGCAAAAUAAUGCUGUGCCAGUUUCUGAAUGCUUUCAUAAAACAAUGUAGCUACCUUGGUACCAUAGUGGUAGAGUCUUGGUGUCUUGUAGUAGUAAUAACAGUAAUAAUCUGCUUCUUCACCCACAAUAACUUGGCAAACUGGGUAUAAACCUUCUCUCACUUAAUGUUUUGUGUAGAAGUCAGUGACCUGGGUCUGCAACACUUUCCCUACAGUGACAGAGGCUGAAUGAGGAACCUCUUUGAGAACUUGACCCUCACUCUUCUACCUUGUGCACUUCCCUUAAAGAAAUCUAGUCCUAAGAGGAAAGGGGAGGGGAAACGAAGCAUAUUUGGUGUUCGUUUCAGUUCUAUGAGUUUGAGGUGUAUGUCCAAACCUUCCCACUAAGGCAUUCAAACAAAUUCACUCCUUCUGAACAAAGUCUCUUGUUGAAAAAGCUGCCCCUCUAACUACUGUAAAUUCUCUGUGUUGCAGAUCAGAAGGUACUUGGAGAACCAGAGGCGCUCAGAGAUAUUUCUGUGAAGAUAGAGGCCAUUACGACCUUGCCAUUGGAAACUGUCCCACCGCUGUGUGUCUCUAGCUGUCGUCACUGAAGACUUGUGAAAGAGAGGAGGGAAAAAAGAAAAAUGUCCAACCCUUUAAAGCAAGUGUUCAAUAAGGACAAAACCUUUCGGCCCAAACGCAAGUUUGAACCUGGGACUCAGCGGUUUGAGCUGCACAAGAGGGCUCAAGCCUCUCUCAAUGCAGGGCUGGACUUGAAGCUGGCCGUCCAGCUGCCAUCUGGUGAGGAACAGAAUGACUGGGUGGCGGUGCAUGUGGUGGACUUCUUCAAUCGCAUCAAUCUGAUCUACGGCACCAUCAGUGAUUAUUGCACGGAACAGUCCUGUCCGAUCAUGUCUGGGGGACCCAAGUACGAGUACAGAUGGCAGGACGAGCACAAGUACCGGAAACCCACUGCCCUGUCUGCUCCCAAGUACUUGAACCUCUUGAUGGACUGGAUUGAGGUGCAGAUCAACAAUGAGGACAUUUUCCCCACCAAUGUUGGUACUCCGUUCCCCAAGAACUUCCUUCAGGUAGUGAAGAAGAUUCUGUCCAGGCUCUUCCGGGUCUUUGUUCACGUCUACAUCCACCAUUUUGACAGGAUCACCCAUAUGGGGUCAGAGGCCCACGUGAACACCUGCUACAAGCACUUUUACUAUUUUGUGAAAGAGUUCAAUCUAAUAGACACCAAGGAGCUAGAACCUCUGAAGGAAAUGACCUCCCGGAUGUGCCACUGAGCUCUGGACCUUCCUGCCCUCACCCAGGCCAAGCCGCCUCAGGACUGCUGAACCCCAUCGCUGCACCGGAGAUGCCGCUCAAGGGACGAUCAGAGACAUUUCAUAGAAAUAUAUUUUUAUUGAGCUUUCAACUUAAAAUGGAGACUGCAGAAAUAUUUUUUUAAAGAUGCCUUAGAUAACUAGUUUUUAUGGUAAUUUCUGUAAUUGUUUGCCACUAGAUGGAAAUGCAUCAUUUUUCGUCAGUUUUUUUUAGAGGGGGGAACGAGCAUUAUGAGAGAACCACCUGAUGUUUCAUCUCACUGGCCGCCUUGUUGGCUGGCCCUAACUAAGCCUAGUCUGACCACAGACUUUGUUGCUUCAAGUGUUUUUUAAGAUGGACUUGCUUUCAACCUAGCCAGGGCGUGGAGUUGGUCUUGAGACCGUAGCAGUGCAUGGCACUGGCUGUGGGGGAGCAAGGCUUACCUGCAUCCUGAAGGUAGGGUAGGAAGUGCUUUGUUAGGGCAGCUAUUCCACUAGGUGAGAAUGAACUAUAACUGAAAUGUGCAUAUAGACGUGGCUCCUUGCACACUUCUCCAGCCCUUGUGUCUAACUGCCUUUCACUCCAUGAUUAGGCCUUUCUCUCUGAAAACGUUUUCUGUUCCUUUCUCUGACUUCUCAGCUAGACCACACCUUUCACUGCUUGGGGAAAUCAAUGCUAAUCUCACUCUGUUUAUUCCUCUGCUAAUCUUUUGAGGUCAUUGCUCACGAACACCUGCUUUUCCUAGUUCUAAAGCAGGAGAAUACGAAGGUUUCCACCUUUCAAAGCACAUUGUGUCAAGGGCAGAGUUGCUAUAUUAGGGUGCUCUCUAUGCUGGGGCACGAAUAUACCUGGAUAGAUUUCACUAGACUUCUAGCGGUCUUUCUCCACCUAGUUGUAGGUUCUGUUGAUGGGAGGGCGGAGCUUAAGGGGGAAGGAGGAGUUAAAAUACUUCUGCUUCUCCUACUGAAAGGAGAUAUGAGGGGUGAGGCCACGGAGGGCUGCUGGGACAGAAGCUAGCGAAAUUUUUUCCAGGCACACCAACUUUUAGCCUGUCCAAGGGCUGCUUGGGCAAUUUUCUUGAAGCCCAAAGUCUAGAGCUAAUCUGAUUAAAAUGAAGCAAAGUGAGGUCACUCUUUCCUGUAAGGAGGCCUCCAGGUCCCAGAGUGCAGUUCUCCAUCUUGAGCCAAGCAAAGACUGCUAGUUGGGAGGGAGUGUUACGUAUUGGAUAGGUGAGUGACUGCAUUUGGCCCCUGGACUGCGAGUUGCUGCAGAACUGCGUGAGAUGUAUCUCCACCCGGCGAUGGAAGCCCUCUGUCCGUUUCAGCUUGAGUAUCAAAGAGAAGCCAAGUUCUGCCACUCCAGAGACCAAAUCACUUGUUUAGUCCCCCCCACUAUCCCAAGACAAAUCGUAGUGCUAGUGAGGCUGUGGGAUCUUUGCAGAUGUUGCACUGUCCUGGACUUCAUUAACUGGUCCUGGCUUGGCCCGCUUUAACUUCUGUAAGUGUCCCACGCCCUCCACCUUCUCUUCCUGAACACCAUUUCCCACUCCCUUUCUUCCGGCCGUCUACCUUAAUAGACAAAGUCUCUAGUGCAGAGCCACAGUCCUCUGGCUUGCGUACUGCCUGGGGGAGUUUAACUUCGGCCUGUAACUUCCUAAUGCAGAGACUUUAGAACACUGAUUUCUCUGUGUGACAAAGGAGGGACUGCCUUGGAUUUGGGGUGAAGGGUGGGACGGGGGUGGGGUGGGGUAAA